AUGUUAUUUGUACUUCUUUUCCUAUCAGAAUUUCGCCAUAACCAUUUCCAUGGCGAUAACAGAUUUGAUAAUAUUUUACCAAGUGGUGGAAUAACGUUGGAACUCGCCGUACCAAGCCUAUCUUCAUGUGCACAAGAGUGUUUUUAUCAGGCAGAUUGUGUAUCCGUGUUUUACAAAGAUAAAAAGUGUAUAGGGUGGAACACGAGAACUGACGAUCUGUCCCCAACCUCACUUGAUGAAAACAUGCAAUACUAUGAACUGAAAGGUGUUUAUGGUAAUGUGGCUGAAGGCAAACCAGCGGUUCAAUCCUCUACCUUUCCACCUUUCUCCGGAAUUUACAGUGCAUCCAAGGCCGUAGAUGGUAGCAGGUAUCCUGUCGCUGUGAAACCUGACGAUUCGUGUUCUUGUACAAACAAAGCAAACUCACAAUGGUGGCGAGUUGACCUUUUGGAUACCUUUCUGGUGACAGACGUAGCCGUGUUGAAGAGAAAAGAUGACGCAGAUGGUAUAACGCUGGUUAAUGUUAGCAUUGGUGUAUCCCAUGCCUCUAGUGGCCCCUUCACAACUUGUUAUAGCACCGGAACCAAGACUAGCACCACGAGGUUUGAAACGUUCACAUGCCAGACACCUGUCUAUGGACGCUAUGUAAAACUAUCCAAACUGGUGUCGGAUAUUCUAUGCUUGUGUGAGGUAGAAAUAUAUGUUCAAGAUUAA